ACUGAGCACAGGUAGCUGGCUGUUUGUAGUCGAAGCGUUUUUCUUGGAAUUCACCUGAAGCCUUUUUUGGUCAAACCUGGAGCCGUCCAAGGAUUUUCUCGACGGUAAAACACUUGGAGAGGUGAUUUUAUCAGAGGACAUGUAACUUUUUUUGUUUUUUUUAGCUAGAUGUAACGGUGUGGAACAGAAACACUCUUUUUUUUAUUAAUUUGCGCCAAAGUUGGUUUCAAAGAUAGUCGCUUUAUCCCACUUCAGUAGUAGUUAAACUUAUCUCGCAAAAUGUCGCCGAAAUGUCUAUUUCCUGCAGUUUUUUGGUGCGUAACAGGUAUUUUAGCUUCCUACGCCCAAGAAUGUGGCCGACCACCGCUACAGGAGAACAGGAUUGUGGGAGGGAUGGACGCCAUAGAUGGAGCUUGGCCCUGGCAGGUAGAUAUACAGAAAGACGCUGUUCACAUCUGUGGAGGCUCCAUCAUCACAGAGAACUGGGUCCUAUCAGCCGCGCAUUGUUUCCCCAAUCCGUCCGACGUGGGCUCUUACACGAUCUACGCUGGCCGGUACCAGCUGAAUGGCAUCAACAUGCAGCAGUCAGCGCAUCGUGUGAAUCAGGUGGUGGUUCCAUACGGUUACGUCGAACCUCACAGUGGGAAAGAUUUGGCAUUGGUGCAGCUAUCCACCCCAGUAACCUGGUCAGAUUAUGUCAGUCCCGUCUGCUUGCCCACCUCUGGCACACUGUUCCCGGGUGGCAUGCUGUGCUAUGUCACCGGCUGGGGGAACAUCCGGGAUGACGUCCCUCUGGCAGGAGUUGGGACUCUGCAGGAAGUGCAGGUGCCAAUCAUCUCCCUGAGUUCAUGUCAGGAGAUGUACCGGACAGACCCAGACAAUCAGGUGGACAUCCUGGAUGACAUGAUCUGCGCUGGAUACCAGCAGGGCGGCAAGGACUCCUGCCAGGGAGAUUCUGGAGGGCCCCUCGUCUGCAAGAUGGUAAAUGGGACCUGGGUGCAGGCUGGGGUGGUGAGUUUUGGAGUGGGCUGUGCUCAGCCAAACCAGCCAGGUGUGUAUGCCAAAAUGACCAGCUACUCAAGCUUCAUCAGCAGCAACAUACCAGAGAUCCAGCUGUACGGCCGAGCUAAUCAGAACUGGUGCGGGAGGACUGCCGUGUUGGUCAGCUGUCUGUCCGCUCUACUGAUCCUGCUUCAGAGAUUAGACUCUUGAUUUCUGGGAAUUUAAUGCAAACCAGGCCAAAUGAAGGAGCUUAACAGUGAUGUCUCAUUAAAUCAAAAGUUGUCCUAAAUAGUAAAACGAGAAAACUGUACCUGACAUGCACAUGAAGCCAUAAUGAACAUGAAAUGUAAUAUAAUCUUAGUUUUUAGAACUAUAACUCUGUAUUAUGAUCUUUGAUUCAAAGCAGUUUUGAUAGGUUUUUGUAUAUUAAAUCAAAAUUAUGAUCUAAAUUAAUUAUGUGUUCUGUAUUUGAAAUAAAUUGUUAAUUUGAUUCUUAAAA